AAUACGAAGAAAAAAACGCAUCGUGUGAAUUAAUCUCGCAAAAUGCAAUAGAAAAGUUAUUAAAUAAAAUAUUUACAGAUCCUAAAUCUUUCUCAUCAACAAAGUGUUUUAAUGAAACAAGUAAACAUAAGUCCAUACUUUUUCCACAUCGCAGACGUAACGAAACUUACAUGUCCACGAAAAAAAUCUAAGAACGAUUUGUAAAUAAAUUAUAUAUAAAUUUUACUUGACGUUGCUUGCGCGGAUGCAAUAAUAACAGGAAUGACAGGUAGCGCUACAUCCGGCGUGCAGCCGGAUAAAAAAAUCUACCACCGGCAGUGACCGGUAAAAUGCGAAUACAGUUAUUUGCCUCGCGAUAAUUUCACGCUUUCCGAUAAAUGUACUGUGACGGCGGCCGUUUAACGGAACGUCACUCGCGAGCACGAUGACGCGCAUUACGUUUCUGCAUCCUGACCUCGGCAUCGGCGGCGCCGAGAGGCUGGUCGUCGACGCCGCUCUGGCCCUGAAGAAGAACGGCCACGACGUGAAUUUCGUGACUACCCACCACGAUCCGGAUCACUGCUUCUCGGAGACCAGAGACGGCACAAUCCCCGUCACCGUCGUGGGCACCUGGUUACCUAGACACAUCCUGGGCAGAUUCUACGCUUUCUGUGCCUAUUUACGCAUGAUAUAUGCAGCUAGCUAUAUAAUAUUUUGCGAUCGACGGCCUGAAGUUGUCUUCUGCGACUUGGUGUCCGUCUGUAUACCUGUUCUUCGACUACGCAUUCCAUAUGUAGUAUUUUACUGUCAUCAUCCGGAUCAGCUGCUCUCGCAGCCUGGUGGCUAUAGCAAACAGCUGUAUCGCAUGCCAUUGAAUUAUCUGGAAGAAAUUACAACUGGCAUGGCGCAUAAGGUGUUUGUAAAUAGCAUUUAUACAGGUAGUGUGUUUCGGAGCACAUUCAAGAGAUUGCAUAUUGAACCAGAGGUUUUAUAUCCUUCUAUAAAUACAGAUUUCUUCGAUAAGACAAGAAUAGUAUCUAUGGAUAGAGUACUUGAUAAGAAAUUACCGAAUGACAGUAUUGUAUUAUUAUCAAUCAAUAGAUAUGAGCGUAAGAAAAUGCUGUCACUCGCGAUAGAGGCUCUUGCAGAAUUAGAAAAACUGUUGACGAAAGAAAUAUAUAAAAGAGUAUAUUUAAUUAUAGCUGGCGGGUAUGACAAGAGAAUUGAGGAGAAUGUAGAGUACCACUUGGAAUUAAUAGGACUCGCGGACGAAUUAUAUGUAACAGAUAAAGUGAUAUUCUUACGUUCACCUUCUGACAUUGACAAAGUUUCAAUACUCCAUCAUUGUAAAAUUGUAAUAUACACCCCGCCAAACGAGCACUUUGGGAUAGUACCUCUAGAAGCGAUGUAUGUAGGUAAGCCAGUAAUUGCUCAUAAAUCUGGUGGUCCAAUGGAAUCGAUAGUUUCUGGAGAAACUGGUUUUCUGGUUGAUUUAUCUGCCGAGGCCUUUGCUUCAAAAAUAUCUUUUCUUAUCACAAAUCCGGAUCGUAUCGAGGACUUUGGCAGAUCCGGUAAAGAUAGAUUUCUAAAAACAUUCAGUUUUGUUGCAUUUAGUGUUCAAUUGAAUAAAGCGAUAGAUGAUUUAAUUACCAAAAAAACAAAAUAAUAUUAUACAGAAAAAAGUGAUUCUUCUCAAUUCUUUUGCAUGGUAUUAAAUAUAUUUGGAUUGAUUAUUCAAUAAAAAUGAUAUUUAAUUGAAAUAUUAAGAAGAACUGAAAGCACAUUGUUUUUCAGUUCCUUGGAACAUAUUUAUGUCAUGUUCUAUAUUAAUUGUCUGAAUAACGUUUAAGAAUUACAUUUUAUAAUGGAUUAUAGCUUAAGUUUUUACGUUUAAUUUGUUUAAUCCUAUGGGAACACAACUUGUUAUAUGGCUCUAUGUAAAUUAUAUAAACU